UAUAAGCGAAUAAUGAUAUUCGCAAUUGGACUAGAUCGCGCAUAAAUGACAGUUGAUUGAUUAAUUGUCUCGCGCACCGCGCGAUGACAAAGGAUGCUGAAGACUUCAGUUGACCACGACGUCCAGCUACGAUGAAGGACACACUUCUAGUAGUUCUGCUUCACCUGUGCUGGAAUUCUCUCCCGGAAGUGUGUUCCUCGAGCUCAUUCAACGAGAAUGUCAACAAUUGCACUAUGACGUCAAAGCUAUUUCUGCCAGAACGUUACGUCAAAGAAAUUAGACCGCCAUCCGAAAAAGGUGUACCUAUAAUAGUAGACUUUAAUAUUUUAGUAGUUGACAUUAAUUCUAUCAACGUUGAAGAUAUGGAUUUUCGUGUGGACAUGUUCGUCAGUCAAAGUUGGACAGAAUCUCGAUUAGACUUGCUUCAAGAUAUUUUUGAAGAAGACGAUGAUUAUAUGAUACUUCCACCAGAAAUCUUUGACAAUCUUUGGCAACCGGAUCCAUAUUUUUUGAAUUCAAAAGUUUCCGAGAUUGCGACUUUGAACCAUAAAUUCUCAUUAGUCACAUUAUAUCGAAAUAAAACCGUUAAGUAUUCUGCACGAAUUAAUGCCAUUGUCGCCUGUCAGAUGGAAUUUCAAUUAUAUCCAAUGGAUAUUCAAAUUUGUCCAAUUUACAUAGAGAGCUUUUCCUACAAUCAGAAGAAGUUGCGCUUAAAGUGGGGCGUGGGUGGUGUUACGGUGAAUCCCGAAUUGAAGCUUUUGCAAUAUGACAUCGGGAAACCUGCGGUACUCGAAGAAACCAUAGAUUACAUGCUCGAAAAAAAUGGAAAUUUCUCACGAUUAGUAGUCUUCUUUCGGUUCGAGAGACAGAUCGGUCACCACUUGAUACAGACAUUCGCGCCCUCGACUCUGGUAGUGAUGCUCUCUUGGUUCAGCUUCUGGCUGGGCUUGGACGCGAUUCCUGGUCGAGUGGCUCUUCUGGUCACGAGUAUGCUAACACUGGUAACGAUGUUCACCGGACUCAAGAGCGACAUUCCGCCAGUAGCAUACAUUAAAGCACUGGACGUCUGGAUGGCCGGCUGCAUGAUGUUCGUGUUUGCGGCGUUGGGUGAAUUCGUCGUCGUUAAGGUGCUCGACGCCGAGAAUGAUUCGCAAAGUUCCACAGGAUCUCCUUCGCGAUUAACGACGAUGUGUAAAGGACAGAGUAUCUGGGAUGAUGAGUUUAUUUACAAGAUUAAACCGACAAAUAAACGAAGUGGUCGACAUCUCCUACCAACCCUGUGGACGCCAAAUCCGGGAUGUCAGACGACGCAGACGCGUAAAACUCGCUCUGAGAAAAUAGAUUGCUAUAGCAGAAUUGUAUUUCCUAUACUCUUUCUAUUUUUUGUUGUUUCAUACUGGCCGAUAGUAUUGCUUAAAAAGGCGCCGUAAUCAAAUAAACGAUGCAAAUUUCGAUUAUAAAUCUUGCUUUACAUGCAAUCCAUAAUUAAAAUUUCUUUCGUAUCUAUUGAGAUACGUGAAUCAAUUAAAUUAGAAAUAUAUUAAAAAUUUUUAGAGAUGGAAUCUUG